CCCACUUCCUCAACCCAUAACUCCCAUUCCCGAUUCUUUAAAACCUUCGCCCCUCUUUCUCCGAAACCACUCAAAAUCAAGACUGCAAUCAUCUCAAAAGGAGCGGAAGUGAACUUCUUCGAAGCCCAGAGUCGCCAUGUUGGGAAAAGCUCUCUCCUCCCCAACGCCUUCCACCGGUUCUCUCGCCGGCGAUGGCGAUCUGGAGGCUGGCUUCUCCGGCGGAGUCCCUUCGGCAGCCCCUAUUUACUACGGGAAAGGAACGUACCGGGCGUUGACACCUCCAAAGCCGGUGAGAUUCUUCUUCGACGACCUGUCCGAUGACGAAUCUAACCACUUUCUCGACUUUUGCUUCCUAUGCAAGAAGCAACUCGGCGGAAACCGCGACAUCUACAUGUACAGGGGUGAUACACCGUUCUGCAGCGUAGAGUGCCGGCAGGAGCAGAUAGAGAUGGAUGAGGCUAGAGAGAGAAACUGGAAGCUUGCGAUGAUCGAGCAGCAGCAGAAGCAUCAGAAAUCCUCCAGCCAAACCAAAUCGCAGAGAAUCAAGGUCCGACUUGGGACCGUCGUCCCAGCCUGAGAUCUACGGUGGCGCUAUAACAGAACUUCAUCGCAAUAGAAUGAAAUGAAGAUAAAUAUAAACAUAAGUGAGAAAAUGAGAGAAAAAUUCGGAGAGAAAUCAUGUGAUCUGAAGGAGAUUGGUUUCUGUUGGACUUAGGUUUCUGCCCUCUCUUUAAGCAUAGAUCGGAUCUUGCCGCCGCCGACGGUCACUUGGAUCUGAAACUUUUUUGUUUUAAAUAUUUAUGAUAUGUACAGGAACGAUUUUCCUGCAAAUUUUGCAAAUAGUGAGGUUUUUUCUGCAA